AUGUACGAGGGCCGCAAGACGGACUUCUCAUGGGCAACACAGAUCAGCACCAGACUGCAACCGACCGAGGAGAUGAGACGGAUACAGGAGGCUUUGGCCACUGCUGAGGAAGGCUCGGAUGCUUGUCUUAGUCAAUUGGACGAGCUGGCCAGGACGCUGGCCUUGGACAGCAAGGACGGCAUGUGA